AUGACGGUAGAUGCGGUAGCAAAGUCCCGAUGGGGAAAGGAAGAUCGGGUCUAUUUUGGCCUUCGACCGGUGGACUCAGGCACCCAGGCCAGUCCCCGCCGUCCGCCCCGUGAUUCGCAGUUUGCUUCUCUUUCCCACUGCAACCUCCGCUUCAUCAUCGGCCUUGGUCUUCCCCUUACCCGCAAUGUUCCAUCAGCAAAUGGACUGACUGGCAAUUGGGCCAAGGCCGUGAAUAAUACGGACGCAUGUUCCCUGCCGAGUCCUGCGGUUGCUGCCCAAAACCCUAUGCAGCACCGGAUCCUUCGACUCCUCAUUUCCUGUCCUGACAUGCGCGGUUGA